UUGGUACUCCUCGUUCGUUGUUUACAGUUGAGCCCUAAAACUCUGCUUUCACAGAGCGAGAGAGAUGAGUAUAGUACAGAAGGAGACAAUAGAGGUGAUCGCACAGAGCAUUGGAAUUUCCAAUUUGUCGCCUGAUGUCGCUCUCGCUCUUGCUCCCGAUGUCGAAUAUCGAGUCCGGGAGAUCAUGCAGGAGGCGAUUAAAUGCAUGCGUCAUUCACGGCGGACGACCUUGACGGCUGACGAUGUUGAUAGUGCACUCAACUUACGAAAUGUGGAGCCGAUCUAUGGUUUUGCUUCUGGAGAUAAUCUGAGGUUCAAGAGAGCAGCUGGGCAUAAGGAUCUGUUCUACGUUGAUGACAAGGAUGUGGAAUUUACAGAUGUGAUGGAAGCACCUUUACCGAAAGCUCCCUUAGAUACAUCAAUUGCUGUUCACUGGCUGGCAAUUGAUGGGGUUCAACCUCUGAUUCCAGAAAAUGCUCCAGUAGAAGCACUCUCUGAUGGGAAGAUAUCCGAAUACAAGGAAGAUGGUGGACUCCCUGUGGAUGUCAAAUUACCUGUUAAGCAUGUACUCUCUAGGGAACUUCAGCUUUAUUUUGACAAAAUCACGGAGCUCACUGUGAAGAGGCCCGACUCUGUCGUCUUUAAGCAAGCAUUGGUGAGCUUGGCAACUGAUUCAGGAUUACAUCCUUUGGUUCCUUAUUUCACAUGUUUCAUUGCUGAUGAGGUUACACGAAAUUUAAGUAAUUUUCCUCGCCUGUUUGCUUUGAUGCGUGUUGCUCGAAGCCUUCUUCUAAAUCCACAUAUACACAUUGAACCUUAUCUACAUCAAUUGAUGCCAUCCAUUAUUACCUGCCUUGUUGCAAAAUGGUUGGGAAAUAGGAUUUCUGACAAUCACUGGGAGCUUCGAAACUUUGCGGCGAACCUGGUUGCUUCAAUAUGCAAAAGAUUUGGGCAUGUUUAUCACAAUCUCCAGUCACGUGUGACAAAGACUCUGCUUCAUGCAUUGUUGGAUGCAACAAAAUCAUUACCUCAACAUUAUGGUGCAAUUCAAGGACUAGCUGCUCUUGGACCUAGUGUGGUGCGUCCUCUAAUACUACCAAAUCUUGAGCCAUACUUGCAACUUCUUGAACCAGAAAUGCUGCUGGAAAGACAAAAGAAUGAAAUGAAGAGGCAUGAGGCUUGGCGUGUUUAUGGGGCUUUAAUAUACGCAGCUGGUUUAUGCAUUUCGGAUAGGCUCAAAACGCUUCCUAAUUUACUGUCUCCACCGCCUCGUGCAAUCUGGAAGAGCAAAGGAAGAGUCGUAACAGUGAUGCCAAAUAAACGUAAAGCAAGCACGGACAACUUAGUGCAGCAACCACCACUCAAGAAGAUAGCAAGUGAAGGAGCAAUGGGCGUGGUGCCUAUGAACACCGAGCCUGUUAAUAUUCAAGGGGCAACAGGUGGAUUUCCCACCACUGUAGGGGGUUCGGCGAUUGGUAUAUCAACAACCACCCGUCAGUUACCAAAUGAUAGCCGGUCUGGAAGGGAGGCUGGUGGUCGACUUCCAAGGACAUCCACUGUUCUUUCUCAGGCAUGGAAGGACGACUUCGAAGCAGGGCCUUUAUUGGCAUCUUUGUUUGAACUUUUUGGAGAAAGCAUGUUUGCUUUUACUCCUAAGCCCGAGUUGUCGUUCUUUUUGUGACCAAGAGAUCUAUACAAAUUGUGAUUGCAAGAACUGCUUUCAGACUACUUGUUAAUUUUUUUUUUCCCUAACAAUAGGUAUAAUUUGUGUAAUGAAGUGCUAAUGUAUGAGAUGUCUAUUUCUUAACCAAAUGGCUGGAUACAACAAUCUUCUGUAAAUUUGAAGUUAGUCUUGUUAUUCUUGUAUAUAUAUUGUAGUUCUUUGAGUUCUCGAAUGUUAUAAAUAUGAAGUUAGUCUU